GCGGCCGCGUCGACGUAUCGCUCCUAUGAACAGCAGCGACCAAGCGUUUAUCUGCGCAUACACUUUCCAGUUUGUUUUCUCAUCCUCCAGUCCAGCGAGACAUCAACCGGAAUGGAGUCAACAGAAGCUUCCGUAACAUUUCAGUUGGGCUGGCCUCAAAUGCACCACUUGUUUGCUCUACUUUGUCUUGUUGCCGUCGUCAAAUUAACAAUGUUGAUCGCCGAAAGAAGGGAUGCGUUUCGAAACUUUGAAGCUUUUCCAGGACCACCUGCACACUGGCUUUUUGGACACGUGAAGGAGUUUAAACAAGAUGGGACAGACUUUGAGAAGAUUGUGAAAUGGGGACAAAAGUACCCUUAUGCUUUCCCGAUGUGGUUUGGACCCUUUGUCUGUUUCAUUAACAUUCACCAUCCGGAUUAUGUUAAAACGAUACUGACAUCAACAGAGCCAAAAGAUGAUUUGUCAUAUAAGUUUAUUGAGUCAUGGAUUGGCGAAGGCUUAUUAGUGUCAAAAGGUCAGAAGUGGUUUCGGCACAGAAGGCUCCUGACCCCAGGUUUCCAUUAUGAUGUUUUGAAACCAUACGUAAAACUGGUGUCAGACUCUGCAAAAACUAUGCUGGACAAAUGGGAAAGUUAUGCAAACACCAAUGAGUCCUUUGAAUUGUUUAAUCACGUGAGCCUUAUGACACUAGACAGCAUCUUGAAGUGUGCCUUCAGCGACAACAGCAACUGUCAGACCGAGGGUGGAACAAAUGCAUACAUCAAAGCAGUGUAUGAGCUCAGUGAUCUGAUUAACCUGCGGUUCAGGACGUUUCCAUACCACAAUGACCUUAUAUUCUACCUCAGCCCACAUGGUUUUAGACACAGAAAAGCAUGCAAAGUGGCUUGCAGUCAUACAGAGGAAGUCAUAAGAAAGAGGAAAGAAGCACUCAAGAAGGAGAAGGAGCUGGACCGGAUACAGGCCAAGAGAAACUUGGACUUUCUGGACAUCCUUCUCUUAGCAAGAGAUGAGAAGCAGCAGGGUCUGUCGAAUGAAGAUAUACGAGCAGAAGUGGACACCUUUAUGUUUGAGGGCCAUGACACCACAGCCAGUGGCAUUUCUUUUAUCCUCUACGCUCUGGCCUGCCACCCAGAACACCAGAAGAUUUGCAGGGAGGAGAUCAUUCAAGCCCUGGAUGGGAAGGACACCAUGGACUGGGAGGAUCUCAGUAAAAUUCCAUACACAACGAUGUGCAUCAAAGAAUCCCUCCGCCUUUACCCUCCUGUACCAGGAAUGUCCAGAAAGAUCACCAAACCCAUGACUUUUUUUGAUGGAAGGACUUUGCCAAAAGGAAGUCAUGUUGGAAUAAGUGUGUAUGGGAUUCACAGGAAUGCAGCUGUCUGGGAAAACCCUAAUGUCUUUGACCCACUGCGUUUCCUACCAGAGAAUGUUUCCACGAGGUCCCCUCAUGCAUUCGUGCCCUUCUCUGCUGGGCCAAGAAACUGCAUUGGUCAGACCUUUGCCAUGAAUGAGCUAAAAGUGGCAACCGCCCUGACACUGAAGCGAUACCAGCUGAUAGAGGACCCCGCUCACAAACCCAUGUUAAUUCCUAGACUGGUGCUUCGCUCAGUCAAUGGUAUCCACAUCAAGAUCCAACCUGUAGACCCACAGGAGUAAAGGGAAAUAACUGUAGGAAAAUACAGGGAACAUGUUGAGGAGCUGAAGUAUUUUCAUUCUAAUAUUUUACUUAACCUUUACACUGACAUGCAUUCGCAAACCAAUAAUAAUGAAAUGAUGACACUGCCUUUGCACUGUAUUAUUUAGUGGUUGCACAUGUUUUAAGGGGGAAUUACUUGCUGAAAAAGAAGUUGCAUUUGUAUUUUACAAUCAUUUUCUCACACGAACAAUUUGAGUGUUGCACUAUAUAUGUGAAAAGGGAAUAUGACCUAUAUUGUGGUAGGAUAUUUGCACCAAAUCAGUGAUAUUUCGUUUAUUUGUAAAUGCAUUAUCAACUAUAUUUAGUGGUUCUGUUUUAUUAGUGGUUAGGACCAGGUCAAAGCUGAGCAUUUUAAUAGAGCCCAUUAACAUUUUGUCUGCCUUUUUUGUAUUCAUGAAAAAGGUGGUGAACUUUUACACACUCGUCUUUGUUCAGUAUUGUCAAAGUUCCAUAAUUUCUAUAAACCGUACUUACACAUUAACACGGUUUAGUGCCUCUAAUUGAAGAUUUUUUAUUGCCUGUCAUGAAAGUGAUUUUUUUCUAGGACGCAUUAACUCAUUUAAAGGUCUAAAGUACUCCUGAAGUAUCUGGUCAAAGUUUACUUUCAGAAUAAAGUCUCCAAAAGGUGUAGUAAGCAAUACAAUAGACACAGUACACUGGAUCACCUUUGUGCUCUGUCUACGAAUUUCUCUGUUGCUGAAAUGUGCUAUACAAAUACAACUGCCUGUAGACCCACAGGAGUAAAGGGAAAUAACUGUAGGAAAUGCUUUUAACCUAGAAAAUACAGGGAACAUUUUGAGGAGCUUAAUUAUUUUCAUUCUAAUAUUAUACUUAACCUUUACACUGACAUGUAUUCACAAACGGAUAAUGAAAUGAUGACACUGCCUGUGCACUGUAUUAUUUAGUGGUUGAACAUGUUUUAAGGGGGAAUUACUUGCUGAAAAAGAAGUUGCAUUUGUAUUUUAGAAUCAUUUUCUCACACAAUUUUUGAGUGUUGUACUUUAUAUGUGAAAGGGGAAUAUGACCUGUAUUGUGGUAGGAUAUUUGCACCAAAUCAGUUUGAAAUAAAUACAAAAUGUUUGAAAAA